AUGUAUUUUCUUCUAAUCAGUUCAUACAAAUCAUAUCUUUUUGUCAUGGAAAAUUCCUCUACUAAUACAAAUAACAUAAUGAGUUACACAAAUAUUCUUGGUUAUGUAACGAAAACCUCGAUGUUACUUCCAGAGCAUUAUGAUCAAUGGGAUGAUCGUAUGGAAGAAUAUCUUAAUGGUCUUGAUGAAAGUCAUUGGAGUUCACUAACAGAUGGUCCUAACGAUCCAAGCAAAGUUACCGUAGUUAGUGUCACUGGAAGUUCUAAAUCGUUGGCGAACACGAAAUUAACAAUGAAGCAACAUGAUGAAAGAUGA